AUGUUCGCAGAACCACACCGGUCCGUAGUGACCGUAAUGUUUAACUGUGAGCGAAAGUCCCUGAACGUAAUGCCGAAAGGGUUCGUUAUCCAUAGGAGGAUACACGUGGACGAGCGAGGACUUAACCAUGAUGCACUGAUCGGUGUUGAGUUGUAUGGUCUGAGCACACACUGUCCACCAGUCGUUGAUAAGCAAAGUGACCUUCAGUGA